AUGAAAUUCAUAGUUAUCCUUCUCUUGAUUUUAGUAUUAGCGAAUGGAGCAAAUAUUAGAAAACACAAGUCAAAUAAAGGAACUAAGCAUGCCAAAGAUUUGGUUCAAAUUGAAUCUUAAAAUGUUGGAGAGUCUUAUGAUUUGAGCAAUAAUAUUGGAGUUAUUUCCUCUUCAGAAGUCGUUGUCAAUGCUUUAACAAACUAGGACAGAAUUGAAAAGGCUGAAUAAAAAGAAAGAAAUGCUAUUCAUAAUGCUUUGAAUAAAGCUCAUAAGUCAUUUGCACAAGUUGCUGACAAUGAAAAUUAAGUUUUCGUAGAAGAAACAUUAGAUUAAACCCCUUAAAAGGAAAUUAAUUUCGCAGAUUUAUUCACAAAUGAUGGUUCAUCACCUGAUAUGGGAAAAUAAGCUCUUCUUGAAGAUUCACCAUCCCCUCCUAUGGCUCAUAUUCCAUAAGAUGAAAAUUUAGAUUAUGUCCGAGCUAUUGAUAAAUUAGAUUUGUUAGAUGAGAAUGGUAAACCACUUUAAUUGCUUCCAGAAGAAUUAUCACUUUUGGAAAUGUCUCAAUUUGAAAGCAGAUUCCAAUAGACUGAAACUCCAUAGAUGGAAUAAGCACCAAGCUGGGACUUAGAAGCAGCAUAUGAAAAGACUCCAGGUUAAAGUGAAUUAUCACCAGAGGAGUUACAAAGAUAAACUGAACAAAUGGUUGAUAGCUUAAGAGGAGAACUUGACAAUGAAGAUAAUUGACCUAGAAAUAUAAUAAAUAAUAUAUGAAGAAGAAACAUUUUAACUAUAAA